AUGGCGAGACAUGUUCAUGCCAAUCGCCUGAAGGGGAAGAUUCAUUCAUUGAAUCCGAAGAUGGAGCUGCUUAUCAUCUACACUGUCACCCAUGCUGUGUACAAUCUGUACUUCCAUCCACUGUCUCACAUACCCGGACCAUUUCUUGGCCGAGCCUCUCUGUUAUGGAGAAUAUACCACACGACCCGAGGCCGGUCACAUCGAGGCAUACAACGAAUGCACCAGAAGCAUGGGGCAGUGUUCCGAGUAUCCCCAAAUGAAUUGUCUUUUGCGUCUGCCGGAUCGUGGAAGUCUAUAUAUGGCUUCCCAGCCAUUGGAAAGCCCCAACUGAUAAAGGGUGAAUUCUACGACAUAUACGGCGCUGGCUUCAAAACUGGCUGCAUAGGCAGUGAACGUGAUCCAAAGGUCCACGCCCAGAAGAAGAAGAACCUGACACCGGCUUUUUCGCUUAAGGCUUUAAAUGCACAAGAGCCAAUUAUUCAGAGAUGCAUUGAUGAGUUUGUAGCAAAGAUCGGUCCACUGAGUUUGACCAAUGGGCUGAACGUCACGAAGUGGUAUGAGAUGGUAUCUUUCGACAUUCUAGGAGAAAUGGCCUUUGGAGAAAGCUUUGGAUGUGUGAGAGAGGAGAAGCACCAUUUUUGGAUCGACCUCAUCUUGGAGCACCUCCUUGAGAUCACGCUCGUUGAUAAUCUACGUCGUAUUAAGCUCUUAGAGAUCCUUGGAAGAUAUCUCCUACCACGACUCACAGUAAAAAUUCGCAAAAAACACUCUGGACACAGUCGAGCUAAAGUUCAGCGUCGUCUUGAAGGUGCAGACAAUCGCCAAGACUUUCUCACUAACAUCACCGACAAGGUCCGCAGCGGCGAGGUAUCUCUCGAGGAGAUGACCGCUCACGCCUCCACACUCAUCAUCGCUGGUGGCGAAACUGUUUCUACAUGCAUGGCAGCAACAACAUAUUACCUUCUCAAAACCCCAAGAGCUCUGCAAAAGCUGCAGCAUGAGGUUCGCACCGCAUACACCUCUUAUCAAGCCAUCGACUCCAGCUCGGCUCUAAAGUUACCAUAUCUUCAAGCUUGCAUUAAUGAAGGUUUACGCAUUCAUCCGCCCGGCAGCCAGGGAUUUCCUCGUAUAAGUGCUGGACAGGAGAUCGACGGGAUUUACGUUCCCGCAGGAACUGAAGUAUAUACCUCCGCCUGGACUGUCACGCAUGACGCAGCAUACUUUCAUGAGCCUGAAAAGUUCAAGCCAGAACGUUGGACGGAUCCAGACUGUGCCGAUAUAAAGGAGGCAAGCCAGCCGUUUUCGCUGGGACUGCGUGCGUGUGUGGGUCGCAACUUUGCAUAUGUCCAGAUGUCGCUCCUGAUGGCCAAAAUCAUGUUUAGAUAUGACUUGGAGCUCAUCAACAAGGAGCUCGAUUGGGAGAGAGCCAGUCAUUGCCAUAUAAUGUGGUGGAAGGCACCGAUAGUCGUGCGCUUCACAGAGAGGAGUCAGGCAUAAGGCUGUGCACCACCUGAGCUGGAAUACUGCGACUCUGGGCUCUGACUCAUACAUGAUCGCACAGAGCCCCAAACUCUUUGGCUUGUUUCACCUCUCGAACAACUGUCGUACGCUGUGUAGUAUUGAAGGUCUGGGAAAAAGACGAAGGCUAGCUCUAGAUGGCUCAUUUGGAUGCUAUGCAAUAGCAGGUUGGCUUGUUAUGGUUUUGUUGGCAGCCAUUGACAGAUAGUACCAGAGUUGCAAUCGGAUCGAUGUUGAGUAGCAUCUGAUUGGCUAUCAUGGCUUGUACGUUGUAGGAACAGACGAGAUUAGGCUAGCCGAAGUAAUGCUCGUAUUACGAUCUGAGUAGAGUUACAACAAGAGAUCGCGAAAAUAUUUGCUGCCG